UCACAUUUUCACCAUCGGAAGUUUAGAGAGAGAGAGAGAGAGGAUGUCUCACAGUCAUGGGAACGCAUCGUCGGCGAACGAUCCACGGCAACCUUUGGCGGCGAAACCUUACACUCCGCGGCCUGUUGCGCCGGAGGAUCUUCCCGUUGACUACUCCGGAUUCAUCGCCGUGAUCCUCGGCGUCUCUGGCGUUAUGUUCAGGUACAAGAUUUGCUCGUGGCUUGCAAUAAUUUUCUGUGCUCAGUCUCUGGCCAAUAUGAGGAACUUGGAGAAUGAUUUGAAGCAGGUCUCCAUGGCUAUGAUGUUUGCUAUAAUGGGAUUGGUCACAAACUACUUAGGUCCUAAUAGACCGGCGGCAAAGAAAUAAUCCUGCUUUUUUAUGACAACUUGUUUUGGUUCUUGUUUCCAGACCUUCAAGUUAUAAUUUUUAUCAAGAGAUUGCGCCAUUGGAGCUAGUGUUUUUUAAUUUUGGUGAAACUUUUGUGUUCCUACUCUCCAAGUUCAUGUUCAGAAGAGAUUCUCAUUUCAGAUACAAAGAAUCUGAAUUCCGACUUUUCUGUUUGA